GAUGCUGGGUGCCCGGCCCCUUGCCCUCCCUCGGGGUGGAGCUUCCUCCUCACCGCCAGACUUAAGCUGAAGCCCUUGGCCACGCGGGAGGGUGCAGGAUUGAGCCCAGGUCACGGCGUGUGCGCUCGCUCUGUGCUCGUGCCGAGGCAGAGUGGAUAGUGAGAGAGACAGAGAGAAAGGUCUUCCUUUGCCGUUGGUUCACCCUCCAAUGGCCGCCGCGGCCGGCGCGCUGCGCCUCUGGUUUACUUUAAUACUUGUUAUCCAAACUCUGGGUCCUUGGUGAUGCAGUACAAUAUACGGAAAGAAGAGCAUGAUCCAGGAACUGUGCAGAAUCUUUUAUGUAUAGUACCGCUUCAACACAGUGGAGCUGAGAUUCAGACCCAGGGGACAGUGAUGGCUUCCUGUGUCAUUCUGCACACUGGGCAGAAGAUGCCCCUAAUUGGUCUGGGCACUUGGAAGAGUGAGCCUGGCCAGGUAAAAGCAGCUGUUAAAUAUGCCCUUAGUGUGGGCUACCGCCACAUUGACUGUGCUGCUCUCUACAGCAACGAGGCUGAGAUUGGCGAGGCCCUGAAGGAGAACGUAGGACCCGGCAAGGCAGUGCCCCGGGAGGAGCUGUUUGUGACAUCCAAGCUGUGGAACACCAAGCACCACCCUGAGGAUGUGGAGCCUGCCCUCCGGAAGACACUGGCCGACCUGCAGCUGGAGUAUCUGGACCUGUACCUGAUGCACUGGCCUCAUGCUUUUGAACGGGGGGACGACCUCUUUCCCAAGAAUGCUGAUGGAUCUGUGCGUUAUGACUCCAUCCACUACAAGGAGACCUGGAAAGCAAUGGAGGCGCUGGUGGCUAAGGGGCUGGUGCGGGCACUGGGCCUGUCCAACUUCAACAGUCGGCAGAUCGAUGAUGUGCUCAGCGUGGCCUCAGUGCGCCCCGCCGUCUUGCAGGUGGAAUGCCACCCAUACCUGGCUCAGAAUGAGCUGAUUGCCCACUGCCAAGCACGUGGCCUGGAGGUGACUGCUUACAGCCCUUUGGGCUCCUCUGACCGUUAUUGGCGUGAACCUGAUGAGCCUGUUCUGCUGGAGGAACCCGUGGUCCUGGCACUGGCUGAAAAGUACGGCCGAUCACCAGCCCAGAUCCUGCUCAGGUGGCAGGUGCAGCGGAAAGUGAUCUGCAUCCCCAAGAGUGUCACUCCUUCCCGCAUCCUGCAGAACAUCCAGGUGUUUGACUUCACCUUUAGCCCAGAAGAGAUGAAGCAGCUGGAUGCCCUGAACAGAAACUGGCGCUAUAUCGUGCCCAUGAUUGUGGUAAACGGGAAGAAGGUCUCCAGAGAUGCAGGGCACCCACUGUACCCCUUUAAUGACCCGUACUGAGCUCACAGGUUCCAGGCUCCCCUUCAACCCUCCAGCUAUCAGAAAGAGGAGUUAAUAAAGCCAUGGAGUAUCCACA